AUGUCUGAUGAACACAUAUAUACCGGGAGCGCGCCCGAUCGCGCGCAGAAGAACGGCAGCCUGAACGGAAGUUCCGUCGCGCCGAAUCCCCGAUCUUGCAUCACCUGCAGGAAACGAAAGGUCAAGUGCGACAAGAAACACCCGUGCUCCAAUUGCGCGAGGGCGAAAAUCGAGUGCAUCUUCCCAGGACCGGGGCGCGCGCCACGGAAGAGCCGGAAACCGCCAGAUGCAGAGCUGUUGGAUAGGCUGCGACGCCUGGAAGGUGUCGUGCAGACACUGAAUGCGCAGGUCGAAGAACACGAGCAGGAAGCUGUCGAGCGCGAGCGCGACAAUGGCAGUCGCCAGGGAAGCGUGAGUGAGAAUUGCUUCGCCGAUAAUGUUGGCUCCAGAAGCAGCCCUUCCAUUGUAGUGGACAACAGCGUCGAAGGGCUUGAAAGCCGCUUCGGCAGACUAGUCGUGGAGAAAGGCAGGAGUCGCUACAUCAACAAUAGUUUCUGGGCCAGUCUGAACAACGAAGUCGAAGACCUCAGGUCUGUACUGAUUGAGUCUUCUGACGAUGAGGACGAUCCCAGCUCACCAGACACAUCCGAGCACACAGGUCAACACCAGGGAUACAUCUUCGGCCUGAGCUCUACUAAUGUCGAUAUGCGAGCAUUACACCCAACACCUGAGCUCGCGCGCCAGUUCUGGGAAGCCUACAAGGAUACCGUUGAGCCCCUGGUCAAGGUACUGCACAUCCCUACUUUUGAGCUAGCUUUCAACGAUGCCCUGCAAAACCCCAAAGAGGUCAGCAAAGCCCUGGAGUCUCUACUGUUCGCCAUCUAUUACGGAGCAGUAACCAGUGCGACUACAGAAGAAUGCCUACAGAAAUGGGGCGUGGACAGGCCGUCACUUCUGGUCAGAUAUCGUUUCGCUCUGGAACAGGCGCUUGCUCGAGCAAACUUCCUCUACUGCGAUGAGAUUGUCAUCCUGCAGGCUUUUGUGAUCUUCCUCAUUCUGCUGCGCAGAAACGAUGAUGCCCGGAAGAUCUGGACUUUGACUGGUCUUGCGGUGCGCAUUGCCCAGACACUGGGUAUACACAGAGAUGGCAGUCACUUCGGACUAGCGCCCUUUGAGAUCGAAAUGCGCAGGAGGCUCUGGUGGCAAGUCUGUAUCCUGGACGCAAGGUCGUCCGAGGACCAUGGAUGUGAUCCCACCAUUGUUGAAGCACAGUUUGACGCCAAGAUGCCCUUGAACGUCAACGACACUGACUUGUACCCCGACAUGACUGAAUUUCCCCAAGAGCGCACAGGCUUCACAGACAUGACCUUCAGCCUCAUUCGCUUUGAGGUUGCCAAUAUCUUCCGGCGCAUUCUGUACAUCCCGCCUGGACCAGUCAGGUGUACCGAGCUGUUCGCCAAUCUUUCGAUAGCCGAGAAGGAAAAAUGGAUUGCGGAAUGCCAUCAGCAAAUAGAGCAGAAGUAUUUACAGAACUGCGAUAUGUCGGUCCCGAUUUGCUGGGUGACUGCGACAAUAUCGAGGCUCAUCAUGAGCAAGAUGUGGUUGAUCGUGUACCACCCACAUCAGCGCAAGGACGGUGGAGCGUCCCUGCCACAAGAAACGAAGGACAAACUGUUCAUCACCUCGCUCGAGAACGUCGAAUACUCGAUACUGCUCGAAACGGAGGCUCGUACCAUGAAAUGGGGUUGGCUCUUCCGCACUUACGUACAAUGGCACGCCAUCGCGUUUCUGCUGUCUGAGUUGUGCGUGCGCACUAAAGGAGAAGCCGUAGAACGUGCCUGGCGCGCGCUUGAAGCCUCAGCCGGACGCUGGUGGUUUCCGCUUAGCGACACAUCCGCGAACCGAAAGAGUCAGCAUGGGACCUUGUGGAAGCCUCUCAGAAAAUUGUUGGCCAAGGCAAGGGCAGCGAGAGAGAGGGAGAUCCAACUCGAACAGGCAAGUCGAGCUGUCAGGUACGACCGGUAUCUUAACGAUCCCUUUCUAUGGAUGCCCAACUCCGUUUCUCCCGUCACAGUCGAUCAGCCAAGCUCGGAAGCGCUGGACAAGCUCUUGCGGCCAUCCGCGCCCAAGCUUGGUGUAGCACCAAUACGCGCAAUCCCAUCGAGCUGGCUUGAGAGCCCCGUGGCUCUGAACACGAGCAGACCAAUUACAGGCCUCAGAGGCGAAGACUUUGGACAGGCCCAGACGACACAGGGCAGGAGUUCGACUCGAUUGGAAAGUCAGACUGGUAGCCCAGGUAAACAGUUUAGCCAGCUGGCGGACCACGGGCUUGACGACGUCCUCUUCGAUGUAAUGCAAGGACAGGCCUUCGCUACUCCCUAUGUUCCAGACCCGCCGACCUCGAUGCAAGACAGUCAGACUGGCCUCGCCACGGGUGCGCAGCCGGUCAUGCAAAAUGGAGGGAAUCUCAUGACCGGGGGUUAUGCACCCGAUAUGCAGUUCUUUCGAGACCUGAACUUCGACGACUUGACAUCCCCAGAGACGAUUAAUGGACAGAACAGCAGCAACGACUCCUUCGUCGGGGAUGGCGGGCAGAUGGACUGGCAGGUUUUCGACGACAUGGUCAGCCAGUACGGCUUUGACGGACAGGCAGCGAAUAAUGCCAACGCAACGGGAACCGGACACAUGGGUUUGGUGCAUUUCUUGUGA